AGGAGGAAAAACUGCUGCAGGAGUUUGCUAAUGGUGAGUACCUGCUAUGUGUGGCUGUGCCCAUGAGGAAUCUAGCAACAGGUGAGCUCGUAAGAGGGUAGCCAGCCUUGGCAUUGCUGCAUGUCUCAGACUUGCUGCUGGCGCUGUCUGAGUCUGGCCCUGCACCAGCAAUUUCAGCCUCAUUUGUUUUGCAGCUACUUUGCCCUGGCUUUCUUUCUGUUUGUGUUUCCUGAGGUUGCAGGACAGGGCCCAGUGAUGGAGGAGGAUGGCCACUGCCAACUUUCUGCUGAUGAACUGCUUGAUCUUACUUUAUGUCUGCUUUCCACGUGGUUGUUAAGAGGGUCUUUGCAUAACCUCUGGCUCCUGCUUGCUGCACUGUAAAAUAAGGCAGAGAUCUCAUCAAAACUUGUUGGUACUCAGAGAUUUGCCAGGGUUGCUCUUCGAUCAAGAGUGACUGAAGGGUCAAGGGAAUGUGGAAUAUCCUGCUCUUGACUUGGGAGGUUACAGGGAAGCUUGUCUGUACUCCACAUGCAGCCAUAGUGCCCUCCCAUUCAUCUCUGAAGUAUCCUUGAUUGACUAAAGGAGAAGCAACUGUAGCUGCAAAUAAAGGCCUUGCCAGGAGCACUGUAACUUGUAGCGGCCUUCACCCUGUCCAGCAGCAGCUGCACUGCCAGAGGUGGCUGUUGUCAAGGAGCUCUGUUAUGAAUUCAUUUUGCUUCUCCGUUGCAGUAUUAGCUCAUCUCUGAUAGCAUUAUUGCCCUCUUACUUCCAGUGGUGAAAAUUUGUCCCUUGAUCUCUUUGUUCUCAGCAGUUCUAAGGAGUUCACUGAACAUUUAGAGAAAGGCCUGAGCAAGAAAAUUGUAGUCUUUUUUGACAGAUAAAGGGAUUGAGGCAUGUUUAAAGCCUUCCUCCUAAUCCUCCAGCAUCUACUAGUCAGUGUGUUGAGAGACGUGAGCUCACUUGAUGUAAGCACAUCAGUUUUGGGGCAGUCCUCUUUACCUGGUCCUGUGGGCUUGGAAAAAGACGAACAAGCAUGGUUUGACCUGUUUGCUUAUAUUAACAGCUUGUUCUGGGACAGGAAAGGAUGGCUGACGAAUUCUUAUGGUGAUGAUGGGGGAAUUUCAGUUUUGUUCAAUGGGCUUAGUUCUGUCUGCAUAAACAGCCUAUAUCUACUUUCUUACAGGAGCAUCUGUGAGGUGAUAGGUGUUCUGGUAACCUUCACUUUUCCUAGAUGUGUACCUGCUGCUCUACAGUCCCUGAGACUUCACCUGUGGAGGCAGCGCAGGCUUGUCGUGUCUGGCUGCCUCUUGGCAGGGACUAAUCUAGAGCAGCUCUGCAGAACUCUGACAAGAGCACUUCGGGCUCAGGUAUCCAUUUUAUUUAUCCCUCCUUCACACUCCUCAGGGGCCAGCUAGGAAUCUUGCUCUCCGUUUUGUUUUGUUUUCUUUUUUAAGAGGUAGAACACAGCACAGAGGAUGAUGCAUUUCUUCCAAGGUAUAACAGAGUUGUGGCUGAGUCUGGUGGCCCAUUUCAUGGAAAUCAGUUCAGACUUCUUGCUCUGCCUUCAUGUGGCCAAGCCACCUGCCUUUUCACAAACUUCCACGUAAUGGAGCCACUUCUGUACUGAGACCGAAUGCUGGACUUCAACUCUGUCAUGACUUACUGAGCUGUUUGCUCAGUUCCUCUGAGCAAUCUGUUUACUACUUAUGCAACAGUCAGGGAUGAGGGGGAUAAUGGCACCUCAUAGAUGUUUCGGAAAUUUUUUUGUGAGGGUCCCUAGACUGGGAGGAAAGGAAAUUGUCCUUUGCGUGGUGCAGAAGAAACUGGGUGAUGUAUUUCAGGCUAGGAAAUCACUUCCUUCCCAGCAUGUGCUAAGAUGUUACUAGACAUGUCAGCACAGCCACUGCAUUGAUGGCAGCCCGACCUGCUGGCAAGCAGGAUGAGGCACGUGCUUGUGUGUGUGUGUGUGUGUGUGUGUGUGUAAGUGUGCACGUGUUUGCUGGUGGAAACUUGACUUUCACUAAAUUUCUAUAAAACAGAGUUAAAGGUUCACUUCAGCUAUGCCUGUCAUUCCCAUAGUGUGUUGAUCUCCAAAGCAACAUUUCGAGGGGCUCUUUUAAAGUGGGGAUUUUAACCUCCUUCUCUCUUUUCUCUUUUUGUGGGAUGGGUAGUUAUUUGAGCAUCUUUCUAUUUGUGUCCUGGACUAAACGAACAAGGUUUUGCUCUGGAAAUGCUGAAUUUACUUCUAGGCAUGCUGCUAGACAGAAUUGAAGAAAGGAGAAAGGGGAAGAAAAAAAAGCCAACACCAAAAAACCCAACACCAACAAAAAACAACAGGUUUUUUUCCUCCCUGUUUCAAAGACCUUAGCACAGGAUAUCAGAACCCAGUAUAGGAUGUGGUUCCAUCACACCCUAGCAUGGCUGUUUCUGUUUUCACAAGAAAACUGCUUCUUCCCUCCCUGCAGGACUGGAUGUGAUGAUCUCAGACCUGACUUCCCCCUCUGUGCUCUCCUCUCUCCCAUCUGGUGGCAUUGACCUGCCACUUGUGCUCUGAGUUCCUGGCAAGGAGAGAGCUUGCCUUGCAACAAAAGACAUCCCAGGAGACACGAAGCAAGACUUAAGUAGCAUGAUAGCUCAAGGCAUCGCGGGGCGCAUGCGACCCUUGUUGAGCGGACUGAAAGUGAGUAAAACUCGCUUUGUUUAUUUCUGGGAGGUGACAGAGCAGAGUUGCAUACAAUCAAAGCAGGGGUUAAGAAGAGCCUUCAGCUCCACAUGCAAGCUCCAGGGUGCUCCUGGGGAGUCAAGCACUGCAGAUCUAGUGACAGUGCAUUUUAUAAAUCGGGAUGGAGAGCGACUCACAGCCACAGCCAAAGAAGGGGAGAGUUUGCUGGAAGUGGUAGUCAACCAAAACUUGGCCAUUGAUGGAUUUGGUGCAUGUGAAGGGACAUUGGCCUGCUCCACCUGUCACCUCAUCUUUGAGAAGGAUGCCUUUCAAAAGCUGGAUGCCAUCUCGGAUGAAGAGAUGGACAUGCUGGACUUGGCAUAUGGACUCACUGAGACAUCUCGCCUUGGAUGCCAGGUGCACAUUAAGAAGUUGAUGGAUGGUCUGACGGUGCAGGUCCCCGUGGAAGUAUCAGACAUUAGGAGGCAGCUGGAGGUUGGAAAGCAAAGCAAACAGUAACUGGAAACAACUCCUGCACAACCUGCUUCUUCAGGUGUGGAAGGACAUUUUCCUUUAGGUUAACACCAGUACUUUGCAGCUGGUUUACAGUAGACAAUAGAAGUCUGAUUUAGUAUAUAUGACUGUUCAGCAAAUCUCUUAUUUAAACAAAGCUUAAUGCUAGGAUUUUCAACACAAGUUUUAAAUAAGAAAGUGCUCAAAUGCUCUCAUGAACACAACUGGAUGGAAACAUAUGGCUUUACAUUUCUCAGUGUGGGUGGAAUAAACAUCUGUGCUGUGUGUAACUCAUCAUCUCCUUCUAAAUUUAAGGAUUCCACUAUUGUAUGUAGCUACUGGGAAUUUUGUGAUGUUUAGUUACUUAACUGCAGAGCAAAUUUUUCCCAGUUUGGGAAGCUUGAGAAGAGAUAGAUGUUCCAAAUUCAAGACUGCGCUGCUUGACUUGAUGACUUGACAAGCUUAGUCUGCUUAGUAGUAACAUUUGAAUGCACAUCACUGAAUUGUUAUGUGCUACAAUCUGCUAAUUUCUCCAAAUGUUCUAUUUUCUCAUUACUGUACUACAGUGUGCACAAAAUAAAAUUCUAAUAAUCAGG